AUGACACCCCGGAAAUUUACUUCGUAUAUGGAGGUUCUCUGGCUGGAAGACCCUCUCCAUGAAGGUCACAAAGCCAAACCCGCAUGUGCAGCGCUAGUCAGCGUUGGCAACGGCUUGGUGAACUGUUGGCGGUUUGGGUGGACGAAAUGGUUGGUUCUAUAUUCGAUCCAGUCCAAGCUUUGGGUCGACUAUAAGAUUGUCUGUGUUGCUAUUACCAAUGCAGUCCAUGCUUCAGAGUCAACGGCUCAUAUGGUUGCCAACGCUGGCGCUAGUGUGGUCUAA